GUGCGUUUUAGAAUGAUUACUGGUGGGCAGCGGAGGCAGAUUAUACGGCUCUACACAACUGUUGUUUUAAUCCCCUGAGCGAGGAGAUUUAGCAAAGAAAAAACACUGUUUUUAAACCCAGCAGCCAUAUUGUAUGGAAAAACGACGGAAAGACUCUUCUUUUCAGAAAAAGUGGUUUUCUCAGACGCCUCUGUCAAGACUUUUGUGGAGUUUAAUUCUCCUUCUUACUGGCGCUGGGUCUCUGUCGGACAGCUAGUUUGCCAGCUGGCUGAGGAAUUCAGAGAUUGGGGCUGGUUUUUGAGCCGUUUUACACCAUUGUGGUUAUCUCUUUGGUUUGAAGGUGUGAAAUUGACCGUCUGAAAGAUGAAGGACCGAUUGGAGCAACUUAAAGCGACAUGCGAUCAAGAUGACGAGGACGUGGAGAUCGCUGUGGACAACGCAGCCUUCAUGGACGAGUUCUUCUGUCAGAUUGAAGACAUCAGGAACAGCAUUGAUAAAAUUGAUGAGAAUGUGGCUGAAGUCAAAAAGCUUUACUCGGUCAUCCUGUCUGCUCCCACAUCAGAUCAGAAAACACAGGAUGACUUGGAGGCAAUCACCAAUGACAUAAAGAAGAUGGCCAACAAUGCAAGAAACAAACUCAAGACCAUCGAGAGGAAUCUGGAGUCAGAGGAGCAGGAGAGGGUGUCGGCUGACAUGCGGAUACGUAAAUCGCAGCAUGCAGUGCUGUCCAGGAAGUUCGUGGAGGUAAUGACAAAGUAUAAUGAAGCGCAGGUGGACUUCAGGGAGAGGAGUAAAGGACGUAUUCAGAGACAGCUAGAGAUCACUGGAAAAGCAACAACAGAUGAUGAACUGGAAGAGAUGUUGGAGAGUGGCAAUGCUGCUGUGUUUACUGCAGGGAUUGUUGACUCUGGCAUCUCUAAACAAGCCCUGAGUGAGAUUGAGGCCCGACACAAAGAUAUCGUCCGUCUGGAAAGUAGCAUCAAAGAGUUACACGAUAUGUUUGUAGACAUCGCCAUGCUGGUGGAGAGCCAGGGUGACAUAGUAAACAACAUAGAGCAGAAUGUAUCCAAGUCAGUGGACCACAUAACAGUGGCUAAGGAACAGACCAAAAAAGCUGUAAGGUACCAGACCAAAGCUCGCAAGAAAAUGGUGAUAAUUGUGGUGGUUGUGCUGGUAUUGCUGGCCUUACUAGCUCUCAUAAUCGGGUUGUCAGUGGGAUUGAAGCGAAGCUGAUGAGCUAUUUGAAUAAGAGGAGAGCUAAGGAAGAUAAUCAUUAUUGGUGCCGUGUGUGCUGUGGUUGUGCUCAUCCUCCUCAUCAUCAUCCUCACACAGACAUUAUAGCAGGACCGCCGUCAUGAGUUCAUGCAUCACCCACUCUACUCUAUCCUCCAUCAGCUGGCCCACCAAAGAAAAAACCUGAUAAUCUCUCCAUAUGGAUAUCAAUAAUAUUUAACCAGCAGAUCAAAUAAAAAACAAACUGAAGGUCUAAUGUUACGUUUGACCUAUGGGAAAAAGAAAACCUACAAGACUUCCAUCCUUCCUGGUUCUGUGAGGGUCUGUCUGACUCUCAGGUGGCUUUGGACAGUUUGAGGAUGCUGUGCUGCAAAUGACAAAUGAGGAAAUGAGACUGAAGCUGACAAUGAGGUACAAUACCUGUGGUAUCUCUGUGGAUGGGAAAAGGGAAUUGAAAACUAACUGAUCAUGACAUCACUCCAGUGUCACUAAACAUUUCAUUGUUCAACAUUCAGUGCCAAAGAAUACGUGUUUGUCAUCUGAGCAUUAUUUUAAUUUCCAGUAAGUGAAGCCGUGUAGAAGCACACAUCACCUCCUGUAUCAUUGUUAUUUCUUGCCUUUAUGAGCCUUGACACAUUUUGUGAUUGAAAGAUAGCUACUGUAUGUUCACUGUAUUUGGAUUAGGUUGGUUUUGGGGAGUUCCAGCACUUGCACAUUUCAGAAUAUGUCUUAUUAUAUGUCUGUAACUAAGCUCAGAUGAUCAUGUAAAUAAUAGAAUUAUUAGAAUUUCUUUGUUGAUAUCUAGCCACGAAUAUGUCCCGGUUCUUUAACUUGAAGAGGAUCGGUGUGCUCACUUAUGAUUCUUCAAUUUGGAGAACCCAGUGGUUCUGGUUUUUAAAUGUGAAGGAUGAUGCUUAUGGAAACACAUCUCAUGGACAGGUGGAGCUAAGAUAAGCAAACAAGCAAAAAAAGAAAAGAAAGACAGGCUGUGGGGGUGGUGGAAGAUUUACCCGAACACUGCAACGUCUGGAAGAAAUGCCUGAUUAUUUGUUUUGUAUCUUUGCUAACCUGCUACAAUGUUAGCCAUCUUGACCUUUUACAUACAUAGACAUGAUUGUCUCCCUUGUUAAAGAGCUGUAAAAACAUAUUGUUUUAAUGCCAAAGGGAGUAAAGGGAGAUCGGUAGUAACACUAGCUUUUUCCCUGUAAGUGCCAGAUUAGCCUUUAUAUUUAUCGGACAUUUUAAUGCCGUGUCGCUGAGAAAGUUAAUACAGGAUGAGGUGUAAAUGGAAACUCUAACACACAGUGAGGUCUCCCUGACUGGUGGCUCUUUACUAGUGUGAGAUGCUUUUCCUGGCUUAUUUUAGGUCUCAUAUUUCUACUAUAAAUAUACUCAGUUGCCAGUUUAUUGGGUACAGCUAUCUCAAACUAAUGCGUUAUAAUACAGCAGCCCUGCAAUAAAUCCUAUGUUCACGAAGGUUGUAAUGUUCAGCUUUUGUUUAAACAGCUUCAGAGAUAUGUUAGUUAAACUUUGUAGAUAUAUUUCAGAGCCAAUAGUUAGUGGUGUUUUUGAAUUGUGUUACAUUACACUUAAGCAGCGUGUCUAAUAUUUAGUCUGCCCUCGAUAUAAACGGGGUGAACAAAAUAUUAGAAACAACUCUCAAUGUAACAAUUUACAAUUUAACAGCACCACAGAGUACAACCUCCAGUUGAAUCUAAAACAGUUUCAACAAAAACAACAUUAUAACAUGAUGUUUUCUUCUGGUUUGAGUCCAUAUUUUUAAGAAAACACAUUGAUGAAACUGCUUUACUAGGCAGGUUUUAUUUCAGCUUUGUGUACCCAAUAAAUCGGCAACUGUGUUUAACUCUGGUUGGUCACCAUCAUUUCAUUAGACCUUACCUUCCUGGUAGAGGGAAUGUGUCAGCUGAUUCAACCACAGUGGAUUUAACAAGUCAGUCGAAGCAGGUGAUUCCAGCUGUCCGUACAACGACUGUGUCAGAGAUAUUACGUCCAAUCAUCAAAGAGAAGAGACUGAUCCAUUUUAAUCAACAGAUAUUGACCACAUGUGUAGAUCAUUUGUGCAUUAUGAGGGCUGCCGUCACUGAGAGAAGUCUUUGUUCCAGACCAGAGCCUGAAUGGUGCCUUUUUAAUUCUGGUUGUGCAGGGAGCACUUCAAAGUGAGAGGCCCCUCCAGCUUGGUCUUUUGACCACACAGUCUGCUCUCUUUUUGGCUUCUGUCCUCAGCUGUUCAAUCCUAAUGCGUCUAUUCAAGCUUUGUUUUCUUCUUCUCCAAAACCACUUUAGCCAUCAGCACAGGCUGCAAUGAGGAGGGGAAGAAAACUGAAGCUGUUGUACAAUGUUUUAAAUUAAGGUGCCAGUGAUUUUAAUGGAAAUUAAAGAUUUUAUGUUUUUUAA